AUGAACCCCUAUAUUAUAUCAUUCCUUCUACUAGGUCUAGGCUUAGGUACUACCAUUACAUUCAUAAGCUCUCAUUGAUUAAUAGCAUGAAUAGGCUUAGAAAUUAAUACACUAGCAAUCAUCCCCCUAAUAGCACAACACCACCACCCACGGUCUGUAGAAGCUUCAACAAAAUACUUUCUCACCCAAGCCACAGCUGCAGCAAUAAUCCUAUUUGCUAGCUCCACUAACGCCUGAAUUACAGGACAAUGAAGCAUCAAUGAGAUAUCACAUCUUAUUCCUACAACCAUUAUGAUACUAGGACUAGCUCUGAAAAUUGGUAUGGCACCUCUCCACACAUGAAUACCAGAAGUACUUCAAGGACUUGAUCUAACCACAGGGUUAAUCAUAUCAACAUGACAAAAGCUAGCACCAUUUUCCUUACUAAUACAAAUAAACCUAAAUAACCCUGUAUUAAUCACAAUAGCAGUUAUAUCAACCAUAGUGGGGGGCUGGGGGGGCUUAAACCAAACGCAAUUGCGAAAGAUCUUGGCAUACUCAUCAAUUGCCCAUAUUGGAUGAAUAAUCCUUGUCCUACAGUUUUCACCCUCACUAACACUACUAACUCUUCUAAUCUACAUCCUUAUAACACUUUCUGUAUUCAGCUUAUUCAAAGUAAAUAAAACAACUUCUAUCAACUCACUAGCUACAUCAUGAUCAAAAUCUCCUACAAUCACCGCACUAGCUCCCCUUGUCCUACUAUCAUUAGGGGGGUUACCACCACUUACAGGGUUUGGACCAAAGUGAAUAAUCUUAUCAGAACUAACAAAACAAGAACUUAAUACUAUUGCAACAAUUACAGCAUUAUCUGCUUUACUAAGCCUAUAUUUUUACCUGCGACUCUCAUAUGCUAUAACACUAACCCUUUCACCAAAUACUACCCCUAUAACCAACCAGUGACGGUAUCACACCAAGCAACCUAUUAUUCACCUAUCCAUCUCCACCAUCAUAUCAUUAAUAAUACUCCCCAUUUUACCUAGCAUAAUAACUUUAAUCAACUAAGAGUUUAGGUUAAUAAAAGACCAAAGGCCUUCAAAGCCUUAAGUAGAAGUGAAAAUCCUCUAACUCUUGAUAAGACUUGCGGGAAAUUAACCCACAUCUACUGUAUGCAAAACAGACACUUUAAUUAAGCUAAAGCCUUACUAGAUGGGAAGGCCUCGAUCCUACAAUUUCCUAGUUAACAGCUAGACACUCUAACCAGCGAGCAUCCAUCUACUUUCCCCCCGCCUUGAAAGGCGGAAAGGCGGGGGGAAAGCCCCGGCAAAAAUUAAUUGGCCACUUAAGAUUUGCAAUCUUAUGUGUAAAACACCUCAAGGCUUGGUAUGAAGAGGGCUUAAACCUCUGUAUGUGGGGUUACAAUCCACCGCUUACUCAGCCAUCCUACCUGUGGCAAUCACGCGAUGAUUUUUCUCAACCAAUCACAAAGACAUCGGCACCCUAUACUUAGUAUUUGGUGCUUGGGCCGGAAUAGUCGGCACUGCACUCAGCCUUUUAAUCCGAGCAGAACUAAGUCAGCCGGGAGCUUUACUAGGAGACGAUCAAAUCUAUAAUGUUAUCGUUACUGCUCAUGCUUUUGUAAUGAUUUUCUUCAUAGUCAUACCAAUUAUAAUCGGAGGUUUCGGCAACUGAUUAGUCCCAUUAAUAAUUGGGGCACCUGACAUAGCCUUUCCUCGAAUGAAUAAUAUGAGUUUCUGAUUAUUACCUCCUUCCUUCCUACUUCUCCUUGCUUCAUCCGGAGUAGAAGCGGGGGCAGGAACAGGUUGGACUGUUUACCCACCAUUAGCUGGUAACCUGGCCCAUGCUGGAGCUUCUGUAGAUUUAACAAUUUUCUCUCUCCAUUUAGCAGGUAUUUCAUCUAUUCUAGGAGCAAUUAACUUUAUUACUACUAUUAUUAACAUAAAACCCCCGUCAAUUUCUCAAUAUCAAACACCGUUAUUUGUGUGAGCAGUUUUAGUGACCGCAGUUUUACUAUUACUUUCACUUCCUGUUCUGGCGGCUGGUAUUACCAUACUUCUCACAGAUCGAAACUUAAAUACAACAUUUUUUGAUCCUUCUGGAGGAGGAGACCCUAUCCUUUACCAACACUUAUUCUGAUUCUUUGGGCAUCCUGAAGUUUAUAUUCUUAUCCUACCAGGUUUCGGCAUGAUCUCACAUAUUGUAGCCUACUACUCUGGUAAAAAAGAACCUUUUGGUUAUAUAGGAAUAGUGUGAGCAAUAAUAGCAAUUGGACUUCUAGGGUUUAUUGUUUGAGCUCAUCAUAUGUUCACUGUGGGGAUAGAUGUAGAUACACGAGCAUACUUUACCUCAGCAACCAUAAUUAUCGCCAUUCCUACUGGUGUAAAAGUAUUUAGCUGAUUAGCCACACUUCACGGAGGCUCUAUUAAAUGAGAAACCCCCCUAUUAUGAGCUCUGGGGUUCAUCUUUUUAUUUACUGUUGGAGGACUAACAGGUAUUGUGUUAGCAAACUCCUCUUUAGAUAUUGUAUUACAUGAUACUUAUUACGUAGUUGCUCAUUUCCACUAUGUUCUCUCAAUAGGUGCUGUAUUUGCAAUUAUAGCAGGAUUUGUGCACUGGUUUCCCUUAUUUACAGGUUAUACACUACACAGCUCUUGAACCAAAAUUCAUUUUGGUGUAAUAUUUGCUGGUGUAAACCUAACAUUCUUCCCUCAACACUUCUUAGGAUUAGCUGGUAUACCACGCCGAUACUCUGAUUACCCAGACGCAUACUCAUUAUGAAACACUGUCUCCUCUAUUGGAUCGCUUGUGUCUUUAAUCGCCGUAAUCAUAUUCUUAUUUAUUAUUUGAGAAGCAUUCGCUGCUAAACGAGAAGUGCUAACAGUUGAACUAACCUCAACAAAUAUUGAAUGACUGCACGGAUGUCCACCACCAUACCACACAUUUGAGGAACCUGCCUUUGUUCAAGUACAAGCAAACAAUUAGACGAGAAAGGAGGGAAUUGAACCCCCAUAAAAUGGUUUCAAGCCACCCACAUAACCGUUCUGUCACUUUCUUUAUUUAAUUAACCAA